AUGAAGGCAGACUGUGCAGCAAGAUCGCCAGGGAAUGGAUGGAUUUUCUUCAGCAACAAUGAAAGAACUGACUUUAAAAAUACACGCUAUAAGAAAACAAUGUUCAUCCAAGGACCGAAAGGCUUUGCCAUCCUCUGGGCAUUUUUCUUCACAAGAGCUAUUACUGGAUUCCCGGGAGAAGGACAAUUAUUAUGGAAGAAAGAUCAUAAUUUUAAUCCUAUGAAUGAAACUCAGAUGUUUCUAUAUGACACCUUUCCAAAAAACUUUUCCUGGGGUGUAGGGACUGGAGCAUUUCAAGUGGAAGGAAGUUGGAAAAAAGAUGGUAAGGGACCCUCAAUAUGGGAUCACUUCAUCAGCACACAUCUUAAAGAUGUCAACAGCACAGAUGAUUCCAGUGACAGUUACGCUUUUCUGGAGAAAGACUUGUCUGCACUGGAGUUUUUGGGAGUUUCUUUUUAUCAAUUUUCAAUUUCCUGGCCAAGGCUCUUUCCAGAUGGGAUAGUAACAGUUGCCAAUGAGAAAGGACUCCAAUACUAUAAUGCUCUCCUGGACAGUCUUGUACACCGAAACAUUAAGCCUAUAGUUACUUUAUACCACUGGGACUUGCCUCUAGUACUACAAGAAAAAUAUGGGGGGUGGAAAAAUGAGACCAUAAUAAAUAUUUUCAACGACUAUGCAACUUACUGUUUCCAGACAUUUGGGAAUCGUGUUAAAUACUGGAUUACAAUACACAACCCGUAUCUAGUUGCCUGGCAUGGCUAUCGCACAGGUAUGCAUGCACCAGGAGAGAAAGGGAACUCAGCAGCUGUUUAUGUUGUGGGACACAACCUGAUCAAGGCUCACGCCAAAGUCUGGCAUAACUACAACACAAACUUUCGGCCACAUCAGAGAGGCUCAUUAUCGAUCACCUUGGGAUCCCACUGGAUUGUACCAAACAAAUCAGAAAACAGUUUGGAUAUUCUUAAGUGCCAAAAAUCCAUGACUUCUGUGCUGGGCUGGUUUGCCAACCCUAUCCAUGGGGAUGGGGACUAUCCAGAAGUUAUGAAGGAAUCAGUUUCUCUUCUCCCUCAUUUUUCUGAAGCUGAGAAAAUCGAGGUGAGGGGCACAGCUGAUUUCUUUGCCUUUUCCUUUGGACCUAAUAAUUUCAAACCUCCAAGCACCAUAUCAAAAAUGGGGCAAAAUGUAUCACUCGAUUUAAGAGAAGUUCUAAAGUGGAUUAAACUGGAAUACAACAACCCGAAGAUCCUCAUAACUGAGAAUGGCUGGUUCACGGACAAUCACGUGACAACUGAAGACACAACAGCCAUCUACAUGAUGAAGAAUUUCCUUAAUAAGGUUCUUCAAGCAAUAAAAUAUGAUGAAAUAAGAGUGUUUGGUUACACAGCUUGGUCUCUGCUAGAUGGCUUUGAAUGGCAAGAUGCUUAUACCACCAGAAGGGGGUUAUUUUAUGUGGAUUUCAGUAGCAAACAGAAGGAAAGAAAACCUAAGUCUUCUGCACAUUACUACAAACAAAUCAUAAAAGAGAAUGGAUUCAUCUUAAAAGAGUCCACGCCUGCAGUGCAGGGUCAGUUUCCGUGCGAUUUUUCCUGGGGCAUUACUGAAUCUGUUCUAAAGGCUGAGUCAGUAGCUUCUUCACCACAGUUUAAUGAUCCUCACUUAUACUCAUGGAAUAUCUCUGGCAAUGGACAGCUCCGCCCAGUAAAAGGGGUGACAAUGAAAACAAGAGCUGCUCAAUGCACAGAUUUUGUCAGCAUCAAAAAACAACUUAAAUUGUUGGCAAGAAUGAAAAUCACCCACUACAGGUUUGCCCUGGACUGGUCCUUAAUCCUACCCAAUGGAGACCUCACUAAAAUUAACCAACAAGUUCUUAGGUAUUAUAAAUGUGUGAUCAGUGAGAUGCUUAAACUCAACAUCUCAUCAAUGGUCACCUUAUACUACCCAACUCAUGCUUACUUAGGCCUACCUGCGCCUUUGCUCCAGAACGGAGGAUGGCUAAACCAGUCAACUGUUUAUGCUUUUCGGGACUAUGCAAAUCUGUGUUUUCAGGAACUUGGAGAUUUGGUAAAGCUCUGGAUCACUAUCAAUGAACCCAACAGACUGAGUGACAUCUACAAGGGGAGCAGCAAUGAUACAUACAGGGCAGCUCACAAUUUACUGAUUGCCCAUGCCCUGGUCUGGCAUGUCUACGAUAGCCAGUAUAGACCCUCUCAGCAUGGGGCAGUCUCUCUGUCUCUGCACGCAGACUGGGCUGAACCUGCCAAUCCUUAUGCUGAGUCCCACUUGAAAGCAGCAGAGCGAUUUCUCCAGUUUGAAAUUGCCUGGUUUUCAGAACCCAUUUUCAAGACUGGGGAUUACCCAGAAGCAAUGAAGGAGUACAUUGCCUUCAAGAACAAGGAAGGGCUCUCCAGUUCUGUGCUACCACGCUUCACGGAGGAGGAAAGGAAGCUUAUCAAAGGUUCUGCUGACUUCUAUGCCCUAAAUCACUUCACCACCAGACUUGUCAUCCAUGAGCAGCAGAAUGGUAGUCAAUAUGACUUUGACCGGGAUAUCCAAUUUCUACAGGACGUCACCUGCCUGAGCUCUCCAACCCGACUGGCAGUGAUGCCAUGGGGAGAGCGAAAGAUUCUCAACUGGAUCCAGAAAAAUUAUGGUGAUGUAGAUGUCUAUAUCACAUCGAAUGGGAUUGAUGACCCAUCCCUGGAAAAUGAUGAACUCCGAAAAUACUACUUAGAAAAAUACACCCAGGAAGCUUUAAAAGCUUACCUAAUUGAUAAAGUCAAGGUAAAAGGCUAUUAUGCAUUUAAGUUGACAGAAGAAAAAUCUAAGCCCAGAUUUGGAUUCUUCACAUCUGAUUUAAAAGCAAAGUCCUCAAUACAGUUUUACAACAAUUUAAUCAGAAGCAGGGGCUUCCCUUCCGAGCAUUCCAGUUUUGGAUGUGGGGAGAGUCAUCAUGAUAAACCAUGCAAUUUCUGCUUAUUUCUUGACAAGAAGAAACCACUCAUAUUCUUUGGUUGUUGCCUAUUUUCCACCCUAGCCCUUCUUUUAGCAGUUACUAUUUUCCACAAGAGGAAGAGAAAAAAAUAUUAUAAGGCAAAGAACUUGCAACAACACAUUUUGAUUCCACUGAAGAAAGGUCAUAAGCGUGUUCUCAGCUAAACUGAUGUCAUCUCCAUCUGCCUUCAGCAGGCAAUGAAUAAGUUCACUCCACUUUCCCCAUUCUAAGGAGGUUACAGUAAAUGAAUGAAAGAAGAAAUGCUGGGAUAUUGUUUGUAACCAAGGGAAUGACCAUGGCUUUGCAGGAUGGUCCACAUUAAUUUUCCCUUAGGAGCUGAUAUCAACA